AAUCAACGUUGAUAAACUCUUGAUGGGUAUGUCAAGUUUUUCCCCUUUGUUUUUUUUUUGUCACCAUGAAAGCUACUUUUGUGUUCCAUAAUUAGCAGUGGGAUAACCCCACUUUCUUCUUUUUGUUCUUAUAAUUGCAUAUUCUUUGCUUCUGCUCAUUCCCUUUCCUUUUUGCCAAUUGUAUCCUCAUAAUAUUCACAGCUUUUGCUUUUGCUCUGAUUUCCAUGAAGUGGAAAAGUAAUUCAUUUUUCUCAAGUGGUUUCAAAGAUAUUUUGUUUUCUACAAAUCCCUUUUCUGAAAUAAUUUCUACUUGUAUAUGUGCUGGUUGUAUGUGAUUUAAUAUCAGAGGUAUCAGGAAUUUAUGAAGCUUGUUUGCAUAUGGGGUUGAUAUAGAAGCUAAGCUACUUUGGGACUUCUUUAUUUGGUAAAAGCCAAACCCCAUGAUUACAAGAUGUGUGACUCUACGCUCGUGCAAUCUGCUUUAUGCCAAAAUGAAUGUCAGCUAGAUUCUGUUAGUGAAGUUCAAGAUAAUAACUCAUGGUUAGAGGAAACGAGUUUCAGUGAAGAGACUGGAAGUGCUGAAUCAUGUUCCAAAAGCAGCGAUUUUUAUCCUUAUAGGUUCCAGCUUGAGCAGGAUGUACAUAAAUUGCAACAAAAGCUGCAAGAAGAGAUGGACUUGCAUUCUGUUCUGGAAAGUGCUAUAGAGAAAAAUGCUUCAGAAUUGUCAAGUCCUUCAUGCCUUCCUCACAAUGCUCAGGAGCUUCUAUCCCAUAUUGCCGUAUUAGAGGGUACAAUCUCAAAACUUGAACAAGAGAUGGUCUCUUUGCAUUUCCAACUUAGUCAAGAAAGAAAUGAACGGAGGCUUGCUGAAUAUCGAUUGAGGCAUUCAGAUUCUUCAUCGAUUUCACCGUCAUCAAGAUGUUUGAAGCAUUCAAAUUCUGUAUUGCAUCAUUCCUCAGAAGAUAAUUCAUAUCAAGAGCCUGCUGACCAACGGUCAGAAUCUACUGGUGAAUCAUCUUCUGCAGAGUCAGUAAGAGAGAAGAAUGCAGUUGGCAUGCUUUUGCAUCAUGUUGGGAAGAAAACCUCUUCAAAGAAAGACGAAAAAUCUCUUCAACCUCUACAGUUUGAGGAGAUUUCACGCGAGAUAACACCUAAAGGCCUCUGGGAUCACCCUAACCGGUUAUCAGAAGAGAUGGUUAGAUGCAUGAGAAAUAUAUUCAUCUCUCUUGCGGAUUCAGCUGUUCCUUCCAAAUCAUCUGCGUCUAAAAGCCACAGCUCAACUCUAUCACCUCGGGGACAUCUGUCAAAUUCAUCAUGGUGGUCGUCAUCUGAACGUUCCAUGAUUCCAUCUUGGGUGCAGAGCCCUCAAGUUGAUAUCCAAAGCAACUCCGAAGUUUUGGCUUCAGAGAAUUCCUUUGAUCCCUAUAGAGUACGAGGAAAGUUAAGCUGGGCUGAAAUUGGAAACUAUGGCUUAUCAACCGAAGUAUCUUGGAUGUCAGUUGGGAAGCGGCAGCUGGAAUAUGCAUCUGGGGCCUUAAGGAAGUUCAGAACACUUGUGGAGCAACUGGCGAAAGUGAAUCCUAUUCACUUGAGUUGCAACGAGAAGCUUGCCUUCUGGAUCAACUUGUAUAACGCUCUAAUCAUGCAUGCUUACUUAGCGUAUGGAGUUCCAAGAAGCGACUUGAAGCUCUUCUCCUUGAUGCAAAAGGCAGCAUAUACAGUUGGAGGUUACUCCUUCAGCGCAGCUGCUAUUGAAUACGUCAUUCUGAAGAUGAAACCACCGUUGCACAGACCGCAAAUUGCUUUGCUUCUUGCCCUUCACAAACUGAAGGUGUCGGAUGAGCAGCGCAAGUCCGCAAUUGAUGCAUAUGAACCACUUGCAACUUUUUCACUAAGUUCCGGGAUGUACUCAUCACCUGCGGUGAUAAUCUACACUGCUAAUAAUGUUAGAGAGGAGCUUGAAGAAGCCCAACGCGAUUUCAUACGAGCUUCGGUUGGGGUUAGCAGCAAAGGGAAGCUAUUAGUUCCGAAAUUACUGCACUGCUUUGCCAAGGGCUUUGUGGAUGAUUCUAAUUUGGCAGUAUGGAUAUCUCGUUACCUGCCACCAGAUCAAGCUGCCUUCGUGGAGCAAUGCAUAUCACAAAGGAGGCAAAGCCUGCUUGGUUCCCGAAACUGUGGCAUUCUCCCCUUCGAUUCGCGCUUCCGUUACUUAUUCUUGCCUGAGAAAAUUCCGAUCCAAUGAUGUCCGUAUUAGCUUUUCAUCUUCUCUUGGCUUGUUAACCCGAAUCAUACAGAGUAAGCUACAGAAAUUAGGUUGAACCUACA